AUGAGCGUUCAUAUGGGGCUUCUGGCCUCUGGCAAUCUUGCCAUCGCGGCCUUUGUGAUCGCAUGCAUUGGUAUACUUUGCUAUGUGCUUAGUCUUCGCUUCAAAAGCCAUAUUCGAACCAUUCCAGGCCCUUUCCUAGCAUCGUUCACCGACGCCUGGCGCCUGAUACAAGUCAAUAAGGGCCGCUUCGAACUAGUGAACCAAGACCUGCACGACAAGUAUGGCGAGCUCGUUCGCGUGGGACCGAACUGUAUCAGCGUGGGUGACCCUCACGAAAUUAAGCAGAUUUAUGGCAUCACCAGACUAUUCGAGAAGUCGGACUACUACAAAGUCGCCCAACAGAUCGUCAAGGGCAAGCGUGUGGCAUCUCUGUUCAUGAUCACAAAUGAGAAGCAGCAUCAAGCCGCCAAGCGGCCGAUAGCUCAUGCCUACUCAAUGACUUCGAUGCUCGACUACGAGCCUCUUGUCGAUAGCACCUCGAAAGUUCUUGUCGAGAAGAUUGACAAGCUCUUCGCGGACACAGGCGCCAUCUGCGACUUCGGAGAGUAUCUUCAAUGGUAUGCCUUCGACGUAGUUGGUGAGAUGACCUUCAGUCGCCGCUUCGGUUUCCUGGAACAGGGAACAGACGUCGAGAACAUGAUCAGCGUCGUCCAAGAUUCCGGGUGGUACACGGCAGUGGUCGGGCAGAUGCCAUGGCUUGACUACAUUUUUGCGAAAAAUCCCGUGGUGCCUAAUCCAUGGGCGAAGAAGAAAUCAGCCAUCUCGAACUUUGUGAUGUCGUUUCUGCAGCCCAGGAUAGAGAAGGCCCGACUUGGGGAGGCUGCGCUUAGCCAAUCGACCAGGAGCACAGACCUGACGUCCAAGUUCAUCGCUGCCGCAGCGAAGUUUCACAAUACGAUCCCUCCGUCGCAGCUGCUGGGCUGGUCACUGAGCAAUAUCAACGCGGGAUCUGACAGCACUGCGAUCACGCUGAGAGCCAUCUUUCACUUCCUAUGCCUCAACCCAAGCACCAUGGCCAAGCUCGUGGCAGAGCUCGACGACGCCAACCUGUCAAACCUCCCUCAGUACCGCGAAACCAUCAAUCUCCCCUACCUACAAGUAGUUGUCAAAGAAGCAAUCCGGCUGCACGCGCCAGUCGGAGUGAUCCUCGAGCGAAUUGUCCCAGAAGAAGGCGCCACCAUCUGCGGCCACUACUUCCCAGCCGGCACGGUGGUUGGCUGCAAUCCCGCCGUGGUGCACAUGAACCGGGGUAUCUAUGGUCGGAGAUACGAUGUCCGCAGAUUUGUGCCCGAACGAUGGCUCGAUGCUUCUGAGGAGGAAAGAGCAGAAAUGGACCGCUGCUGGAUGGCUUUUGGGAGUGGAAAGCGGUCGUGCAUUGGGAAGAAUAUCAUGUGCAUCUCCGACACGCACACCCUCAAACCACCGUACCUCCCGCCAGGUGACGUGCUGAUCCACGCUGGCGACCUGACCAACGACGGCACGAUUCCCGAGCUUCAGGACCAUAUUGACUGGCUCGAUUCCCUUCCUUACCAGCACAAGAUCGCGAUCGCUGGCAACCACGACACAUAUCUCGAUGCGCGGACUCGCACAUCGCUGCCUGAAGCGUCGCGUAUCGGUGAGCUGGAUUGGAAGAGCAUCCACUACCUCCAGCACAGCGUCGUGACACUCGACCUCCCAAGUGCAAGUCACCCAAGCAAACGUACCCUGAAGUUCUACGGCGCGCCGCAGAUCCCCGCCUGUGGUCCAUAUUCGACGCACGCGUUCCAGUACGAUAGGGGCGAUCAGGAUAUGUGGACGGACACUGUGCCGAGUGGAGUUGAUGUACUGAUCACACACACGCCACCGAAGUACCAUCUCGACGUGCCGCUACCUUCUGGCCUGGGCUGUGAGUUCUUGUUGAAGGAGCUGUGGCGCGUGAAGCCGCGGCUGCAUGUGAUUGGGCAUGUUCACUGGGGUGCUGGCGCGGAGACUUGCUGGUGGGAUGAAGCUCAGAAGGCGUUUGAGAGAGGAAUGGCGGGCGAUGAUAAGCGCUAUGGAGGCUGCCUCAACGUUGGGAUAUGGUUGAGUAUAGUGAAAGUUGUGGUUUUCGGGACUGGGGGGGUGCUUCGCAGCUGGGUCUUUGGGACUGCCUCGAGCGCCACGCAAAUGGUCAACGCUGCUCAAAUGGUGGGCCAUACUGGAAAGCUGGGUGGCCGAGUGGCCGUCGUGAACAUUUAA